AUGUGGUUUGGGACAUUUCUUGUAUUUUCAUGCCUGAUAUUGAUUAAAAGCUCACCAGCACCGACGCACUUGUUGGUGACCCGAGUGGGGCCAUGUGAAGACGAACCACAGGAUAUCAUAUCGGUGUCAGAACUCAAAAUAUCAACGCAGUCAUACGAUUCGACUUUGAGUGGGACACUUAAUAUCACAGAAAACAUCGAGGACGGAUGGAAAAUUAAGGUAGUAGUUGAAAAGUGCCUGGACAUGCGCAACAGAGAUACUUGUGAUCACUUUAGGUCGUUCAGCCUCGUACGGGAUGGCUGCAACGACGACGGUGAAAAUGAACAAAUUAUAUAUACCAUGCUCUUCCAUUAUAUCAACCCCAAGCUAGAGUGUCCAAUACAAUCAGGUUCAUACGAAGUUUUGAACUAUCCGUUCUUCACACAGGACAAUUAUGUACCUGUAUACGAGGCCAAAAUAUCGACCAGUGUGUUUGGAUACAUUUAUCGAUUGCUAGGAUACUCGCAGGAUAAACGCAAGAUGCUUUGCGUAGAAGCAUACGUACAACUGAUUUACAUACGAGACCACGUAUGGGUGCAGAAGACGGAUAUAAAGUCAACCACUGUUGGACUUCCUUCCUCUAAGUUUCAAAUUGAGGAUGAAGAUAUUGCUGAUAAUAAAGAAUACGAUAAAAUCUGA